UUCUUCCUUCGCAGCUGCUCUUUUCUGCUGUCUUCCAUUAUAAAUUUGAUCACAUAGCCAAGAGCAAGAUCGUAGCCGAGAAGCCAUAAAGAUGAACAAGGACUGUUCGUCUUCCAUGAUCUCCACUAUCUUCCUUCUUCUGUUGAGCUUCACUUGCUCGGUGAUUUCCCAAUCAGAUUCCUGCUCCACCCUGCUAAGUGUCAGUAAUCUGAUCCCCUUCAAUACCUCUUCCCUCACCUGCGUGGCUGCAUGGAAUUCUGAAGGAUUCAUCUUAAGGUAUGCAAAAGCAGGGCCGAGGUUAUGGAGUUUUGUGCUUUCGGCGCCGGACAGUGGGACUUACGUCGCGAUCGGCUUCACCCCCAACGGGAGGAUGGUCGGCAGCAGCGCGGUGGUCGGAUGGGUGCCCGGCGGCGGCGGCGCAGUGGUGGCGAAGCAGUACUCCCUCGGCGGAUACAGCUCGAGCCAGUGCCCGCCGGACCAGGGGGACCUGCCGUUGGUGCAGCGGAGCUCGGUGCUAGUGUCGAAGCACUCGCGGGUGUACCUCGCUUUCCAGCUCGGCACUGUGCAACCGCAGCAAAACCUGAUCUACGCCGUUGGUCCGGCGGGUACCUUGCCGUCGGCGGGCGGCUACUUGAGCGCGCAUAGAAACAUGGCUUCCGACACAUUGGCUGCUCCCGCGGCCGGUGGAGGAGGCGGAGGUGUGCGAAUCGUGGUGAGGGCUCCGGCGAGGGAAGUGAGAAUGGGGGCGAAGAAGCACCGACUGGAAGGAGCUUUGGAGGCGGCAGCGGUGGAAGCAGUGCCGGAGGUCACAAUCCAGUCUCUUUGGGAUCAGACUUCGGUCUCUCUUCCCCGAGGAAGCAUGGACUGCUCAUGAUCAUUGCUCUGUUUCUUGUUCAAUCGUUUAUAUGCUAAAUUUGGGUUUGAUGGCAGGGUUGCUUCUAUUACAUAUAUUGUAACUAAUAAGUAUUUUUGGUGAGAAAUAUUUAAUAUAAUAAAGACGUUGUUUA